AUGGAUGCUUCAAAUAAUAGUGGAGACGAGACAGAGAGGCGUCAGUGGAAGCCAGUUUCUGACGAAGCUUCCAUGUCGAAAAGGCCUUUCAAGAAGAUCCGUAGCCCUGAACGAGAAACCCCUUUCCAGUUCUCGCCUUCUUUAGCUCAUCCGUCUUCUUCACCAAAUGCUCCUUUGCCAUCUUCGAGUCUGGCUUUACCUUUUCCUUUUGAUGCAUCUCAACGUUAUGGAAACAAUCCAACUCUCGUGCCGACAUUCCGACCGAUUUUCUCAGCAGAACCGUCUCUGUGGCCUCAGCAACAGCAGCAGCAGCAGCAAAUGGUUCAGUACUGGAGCAGUGUGUUGAAUUUGAGUCCGAGAGGGAGGUUGAUGAUGAUGAGCAGAUUGGGGCUGCAGGAUGGGACAGGGAGACAAUUGUUUAGGCCGCUGGUGAAACCGAUAAGUGCUACGAAGCUUUACCGGGGAGUGAGACAGAGGCAUUGGGGUAAAUGGGUAGCCGAAAUCCGUCUUCCAAAAAACAGGACUCGUCUUUGGCUCGGCACGUUCGACACGGCCGAAGAUGCCGCCUUAGCCUACGAUCGAGAGGCAUUCAAGUUGAGAGGAGAGAAUGCAAAGCUCAAUUUCCCCGACCUUUUCCUCAGUAAGGACCAGAAUCCCCUACUACAACAACAGGAGGAUCAGAAGCCGCAGCCUCCAGAAACCGAAAAGUUACAACCACAGGCAGCAGAGCCCGAAGAAGAAAACGUCUACACCGAUUCGGGGAUGACUACGGAGAGUUCGGGUGCCGGGGAAUGCGUGUCGGGUUCUCAGGAAAUGGAAUGGGGAGCCAUGGCAGAGGCGUGGUUGAAUUCGAUUCCAGCAGGCUGGGGACCUGGUAGUCCAGUGUGGGAUGAUUUAGACACCACAAACAAUCUUCUUUUCCCCUCAAAUCUCCCUUUCACAGAUCAAAAUCAACAACAACACAAUUCAACUCCUCCUUCAGCUUCUUGUCCAACCUUCUUUUGGAAAGAUCAAUAUUACUAA